AUGGCCAACGAAGAGUAUCAGCUUUACGACUAUGAGCCCUCGUCUGCCGCAGCCAUGAUUUUCCUCCUCGCCUUUUGCUUGGUGACCAUCUGGCAUAUCUGGGUCAUUAUUCGACAGCGAGCAUGGUACUUUACUCCUUUGCUCAUUGGGUGCAUCAUGGAAACUGUCGGUUAUAUCGGCCGCUUCCUCAGUGCAUCAAACCCAUCGAGCCUUGGGCCGUUCAUGAUUCAAACCCUAUGCUUGCUUGUGGCGCCAGCUCUUUUCGCCGCCUCCAUCUACAUGGUGCUUGGUCGCCUAAUCCUGUUCCUUCGCGUCUCGUCCCUCUCCCCCAUCAAGCCAACAAUUAUGACCAAGAUCUUUGUCGUUGGCGAUGUCAUAUCGUUCCUGAUGCAGUGCAUGGGAGGAGGCCUCCUCGCCAAAGCGAAUACCUUCAACACGGGCAAGAUGGUCAUCUUGCUAGGCCUGGCCGUCCAAAUUAUCUUCUUCGGCUUGUUCAUCAUCGCCGGGAUUGUAUUUCACCUUCGCAUCCUCAAACGCCCGGCCUUGUUGCCCGUCGAAGAUAGCAAGAAAUGGCUUCGAGGUUGGCGGGGUGUCAUGACUGUUCUCUACGUGUCGAGCGCCUUGAUCUUUGUGAGAUCUCUCUUCAGACUCAUUGAGUACACGAGUGGCAGAGACGGGCCUCUUAUGACUAACGAGGCCUAUCUCUACAUUUUCGACGCGCUGUUGAUGCUUGGUGCAGCGGCUAUUAUUGGCAUCUUUCACCCCGCCAAGUACGUUCCCACAAAGAAGGAAAUAAUGGAUCUGCAAGACAUGUAG